GCAUUGAGGGUCUGAGCCAACGGCACCAUGCCCUGCACCUGCGGCAACUGGCGACGCUGGAUCCGGCCGCUGGUGGCUACGGUGUACCUGGUGGGGUUGCUGGUGGCCGUGCCUCUCUGCGUCUGGGAGCUGCAGAAACUGGAGGUUGGAGUUCAUACUAAAGCAUGGUUUAUUGCUGGUAUCUUUUUAUUGAUGACAAUACCAAUAUCUCUUUGGGGGAUAUUACAACAUUUAGUUCAUUAUACUCAACCAGAAUUACAGAAACCAAUAAUAAGAAUUCUAUGGAUGGUGCCAAUUUACAGUUUAGACAGUUGGAUAGCACUGAAAUAUCCCAACAUUGCAAUAUAUGUGGAUACUUGUAGAGAAUGCUAUGAAGCGUAUGUGAUCUAUAACUUCAUGGUAUUUCUUUCAAAUUAUCUUAUCAACCGGUAUCCAAAUCUGGUAUUAAUCAUAGAAGCCAAAGAUCAGCAGCGACAUCUGCCACCAUUGUGUUGCUGUCCACCAUGGGCUAUGGGAGAGGUAUUGUUGUUUAGGUGUAAGCUUGGUGUUCUACAGUAUACAGUUGUCAGACCAUUCACUACUAUUACUGCUUUAAUCUGUGAAUUGAUUGGUGUCUAUGAUGAAGGAAAUUUUAGCUUUAAAAAUGCCUGGACCUACCUGGUAUUUAUCAACAAUAUAUCCCAGCUCUUUGCCAUGUAUUGCCUUGUGUUAUUUUAUAAAGUACUGCGAGAAGAACUGAACCCAAUCCGACCUGUAGGAAAAUUUCUCUGUGUGAAAAUGGUGGUUUUUGUUUCCUUCUGGCAAGCUGUACUUAUUGCAAUAUUGGUGAAAGUUGGUAUUAUUUCUGAAAAGCACACAUGGGAAUGGCAGAGUGUUGAAGCUGUAGCAACUGGUCUGCAAGAUUUUAUCAUCUGUGUCGAAAUGUUCUUUGCUGCAAUUGCUCAUCAUUACAGUUUUACCUACAAGCCUUAUGUGCAAGAAGCUGAAGAAGGAUCAUGUUUUGAUUCGUUUCUUGCAAUGUGGGAUAUUUCAGAUAUCAGAGCAGAUGUAACAGAACAAGUUCGCAAUGUUGGAAGGACAGUAUUUGGUCAGCCAAGGAAAAUGUUUUUUGGUGAGGAUCAUGAACAAAAUGAACAUACAAGUUUGUUGUCAACAUCCAGUCAAGACCCAAUUUCUACUGCUACUUCUGUACCAUCAUCACCUGUUGGUCACUACCAAGGAUUUGGACAUACUCUGACUCCAACAACGCCUUCUGACCCUACAGCUGCUGAUUUGUGUAAUUCUGUAGAAGAGAAUGAGGAUUUUUCUGUUCAGUCAGACAAACGUAUAGAUAAAAUUUAAAACUCUCUUUGCUCAAGGGGCCUUCCUUAGACAUUACGAUCUGCUACUCUUAUUUUGGAAGUACAUUUUCUCCAGUAGGAUUAAUUAUUGAAAAAAUACUAAAAUAAGUCAGAUGGUUGGGCUUUACUUUUAAUCUCUCAACUAAAGUGAAAAAAUAUGCAUUUGUCAUUUGAUGAAGUUACCAUGCAUAAAAAACAUAGUUUUAGUGCUAUAAUAUAGUACAUAAAUAUUGAAUUUAAGUAGAAAUAAAAUACUAUGGAACACAUAAUGUAUAUUGUAUACAGUUCAAAACAACUCACGGGCACAGAAUUUUUACAAUAAAUGAGAACAUAUGUUGAGAUUUGAGAUGGGAAGGGUUUUUAAAUAGGAUUCAAAUUCUGAUUCCCCCCCUCAGUCAAAUAUACCAGAAUCUUUACAAAGCUAAUAUUUAAAGACUACUAGGACAUAUCUUAAAAUUGUUCUUUUAAAAAAGGCAUGAUCAGCAUAUAAUAAAGAAAAGUUAAUUUAUUUGAGUUAGCCUUGAAGAUUCAAUAAUUUAAAACAGUGUUUUCAAGCUUAGCAACUUUAAGAUUGUUGAUUUCAACUCCCAUAAUUCAGCAUGAAGGGUGGGGAAUUAUGAGAAUUGAAGUCCACACAUCUUAAAAGUUUCCAAGCUUGAAAAACAUUGAUCUGAAAUCUUUAUUAAGAUUGUAUUAAGUGUAUGUUAUACACUACUGAAUGAGUUUAAAAACAUUCUAGUUAGCACUAUCAAGUGGAAGAUAUUUGUCUAGAUAGAAACAAUUAUACAGUUGUAAAAUAUAUGGAUGUAAUAAAUUAAUGUGGCUUUAGGUUUUCUCACAAUUUUUUUUAUCAUGUUUAUACAUGUUUUGCAUGCUUGCCAUGUUACACAUAUAAAAAUUUGCACCAAGAAUUGUAUUUUUGAAAUAGCACCUUCAAGAGCUCAAUGUUUUAAUAUUCAAACAUGAGGUUUUUCUUAAUCAAUCUUGAAGUGGGUAAAGUCAUGCUACAAGUAUUUUACAGUAGUAUGUAAUUACUUGGCCUUAUUUAGUGGACUACAUAUUUUGUUUAACCUCAUUGUGUCCUUAAGUGAAAUUGAUUAAAGCGGCAAAGAGAUACUUAUUGUCUCAUACUGUAUAUAAGUAAAUAAAGUUUUAUUUAAAUUUUGUGUUGCAUUCUUCUAACAUUGAGGAAAAUAAUCCUCUUGCUCUGCCCAUUAAUAAAAUAGAAAAAUGUUGUUGGCUCUAAUGAAGAAUCUGAAUUUCCUUGAUACCAGGCUGUAAAAGAACCCAAUAAAUUAUUCAUUAGCAUCUUACAUUACUUUACUUACAGUAUAUUACUCUGCUGCCCCUUUAUAAUCUAAUAUUAAUAUGCAAGA